UUUUGAUGAUAGGUGAUUGAAGAUCUUGAAGAAUGUUUGAAAAGAAGCUUUGCUCGUAGACGAGAGGCUGAGAGGGUUGUGAAGAGCUGAGAAUGUCUGGAACUUUGAGGCUGCUGAUGCUGAUGAUGAUGAGAAGAAUGAGACUGAACUUGAGGAGAGGAAAGGCCAGUAUUUAUGUCUUUCGACUGAGGUCAAGAUGGUGUUGAUUUUUGGUAUUCAAUUGUCGGUGACAUCGUCUUUUCUCCGGUUAACACCUCUUCCGCCUUCCCGUCGUCCCCGUUGUCCAAUCGUUGAGUGUAUUCCCAAGUGCCGAUGGUUGAUGAAGUUUCUUUUUCUUGUUUGGUCCCUGACAAUAAAGGUAGGUGAAGCUUGCAUGAUCCACCAAGUCCAACCACCAAGGGAACAUCAUCAACUUGUGGACUAUGUUGAAAUGGUGGCUACCACUUCAAAAUACUCUUUCACCAAAAUACCUAACCGAAUGCAUGAUGACUAUACGUGGCAUGCCUCUUCUGUGGAUCCAUGCAGCUAUUCCUACCUACCUAGGUGUAAUUUCCUAACGUGGUUCUGGCGGCUGAAAGGAAAUGAACAGGGGAAGGCUGUACGAAUUGAGAACAAAGACCAGAUGGAGUCAGGGUCCUCGGCUCCAUAUUGAACGGCUUGUAGACAGUUCUUCUUGCAGAAAACCCUCUGUCGAUCAAAACCCCUUGCCGCGUCCAAGACCAGCAUUUGUGCACAAACUAACGCAGAAAAAGCGAAAUAACUACCCGAAUCUACCCCAUCCCGUUAGAAAUGGUUCCUUUACAGUCGAUACGCCUAUGUAACGAGCGUGGAUGAAG